AUGUCUAUGAAGUCAAAGCGCGCAGACGCCGAUGCCGCACUGCAGCGCGAAGCCAUGAUGCGCAAUGAGAGUGCUAUCAAGCUGCAGCAGCAUGCGCGGGUGUUUGUCAUACGUCGGCGUUUACGUCAUCUGUACUCCUUGGAAGACAAGGUGUUGGUCAAGCCGAAGCCAGGUGGCACUGCCUUGAAGCAACUGCUACCUCCAGCGGUGGAGGUUCCUAUAUCUAGACCAAGCAGUGGCGCAUCAGGCGCCAAGAGACAGGGCAGCAAGGGCAGUCACGACCCGGUUUCCGACCCCAGGGGCCUUCAAGAAACCAAGAAGGUGCAGCCCCCACUUUCACUCCAAGUUCUCGCCAGCCACCUGCAAAAGACAAAUACUUACUCAUCGAGGAAAGUGCAGCACAUGUCUGUGCACAUGCAAGUCAUGAAUGCUGCCCAGGCGAUUUUUCGUUUGCUAUCUGUUCCAUUGGAUGGAAGCCUCCAAAAAGGCCAUUUGGAUCGGAUUUACCAGCACCACAGGAUCCAUCGUCGAAUAGCCUUGUCGAGCACGCGUCUUCGCCUAGUGGUCAUGCGACACGGCGAAAGUUCGUGGGCCUUCGCCCAAGGCGACAGGCCGGCGACGACGCCAGCGCUGUCUCCCAUGGUCAACCAUGAGCGAUGUUUACAGCCAGCAGGCUGGAACCAGGUGACACGCGCAUCUUGGGCUUUGCGCCUCUGCCCAGACUGGAAGCCUCAGAUGCUGCUAUCCAGCAGCCUGCAGUGCUGCAGGCAAACAAGCGAGCGUGUGUGCUCGGUUCUGGAUGACCCCGACCUACGCACCAGCUCCGUGCCACGUGAUCCCAUCCCCAUCUCUUUCACGUGCCCAACACUGGACUACCCAGAUCACCAGGGCCUGGGGUUUCCUGUGUGGGAUCUUGGUGGAGAUGUCCACGAAGCCGUGAGCCAGCUGGAAAUAGACACAGCCAGCCCCGCAACGCAGAAGGACUUGGAUGCACUGAGCAGACGACCGCCAAAGACGCUUAUGCUGGUCACAACUGGUGCAGCCAUUCAGACGAUGCUGGGAUUUCUCGCCACCGGGACGAGCCGCGAGCAUCUAGACCAACUACUCGUUGGCAGCGGAGAUGCCCUUCUGCUAGAAUCGCCGGUGCUUCAUCGAGUUUGUGAAAGCAGUCUUCGCGAGCGAGUCCGCCCGGACUGUGAGCUCUGGAAGGCAGCGCUGUCCCGCAAUCAGUGGAAGGUUAUCAGGCACAUCCGCGGCGACGGUCUCGACACCAAACUGGGCUGCCUCCCCAAGCCUGUCAAGGAGCUGAAUGCGGAGGUGCGCGCUAAGAUCGUCCGGAAGGUGAAGAGGCCUAAGUUUUAUGAGACUUUCCACGUGCCAGAAGCUGACGAGAAAGGUCGGGAAGUGUAUUCGGACACGCGAGUGCGAUUCAGGAACUAUGCCGGGGAGCCGAUGAUCUUCAGCCACACAGAGUUCUCCAAGCUCUGCCGCCAAGCUGGCCGAGCAGAGCUACCGUUGGAGUCGGAGUUCUGUGUCAAAGUGAAGCCAUUGGUCUUCGGCUUCAAGUUCAAGCCGGAAGUGAGUUCGAGUGGACCGGGCUUGGAGCCUGCAUAG